ACCAAGAAGAGCCGAGGCAACUCAGAACGCUAGCUAGUAGCUACACUGAUAGAUCUCUGGUCGUUCAUGGAGAGCAAGGCGCUGCGCGUGCGUCUGGGGCUGGCGGCCCUGCUGCUGGCCGGCUGCCUGCUGAUGGCGGGCCUGCAGGAGGCCCACGCGACGGCGGCGGAAGCGACGCAGCCGGAGACCACCACGGCGCGCGUGCUCAAGGCGACGGGUGUGGGGUAUAAGCCGGAGGAGGCCAACCCCUACUCGCGCGGAUGCCACGCCCAAAAUGGCUGCCGCGGCUGAUAUGCGCGCACAUCCGGAGGGCCGGGGGGCGUCGCGGCCCGGUGAGGGCAGUGCAGAGUGCAUGGCACUCGUGUGCUUGUGUCUUGUUUCGGCAGCCACGGACGUACGUGCCGUGUGUUUGCUGACCACCCGUUUCAAUUCGAUUUGUUCAUUCCUUACAGCGUGAGAAUUAAACAUAGACUGAUGUAUGGUUUGGAGUACGUACACUUUCUCCUUCUUUAUAGGAUGGACUCUUUAUUAUUUUGUCAA